UUUUAAUAAUGGUAUAGGUAAGUAAUUCUAAUGAGGAUUAGGGGGUACUAUAGAUUAAUUUGUAAUGAUAGAUGCAGCCUUUUUUAGAAAAUUGAUAAAUAUCCAGCCUAUGCGACUGCACACAGGCAAAUUUUACAGUAUUCUCAGCACAUCAGGUGAUCACGCAAAUAUGGAAAACAGUAUGCAAACGAUAGGAAGAAAUUAAAAGCAAAUGAUAGAGGCAGAUAAUUUAGAUGUAGAUGUAGUGGUCACAUUAGACUAUUUUCAUAAUGGAUAGAUAGAUAAUUUUGUGGACACAACAUAUUCAAUGGCUAUUAUUGAUGAUGAUAAUUAGUCUACCGAAACAAAAGCGUGAUGUUUAUAAUUUUUGUGAGAAUUUCUAGGCUUCAUCUUUUUUUAGCAUGUCUCUGCGUGGAACUGCGGAUUAACAUAGAGGCUGUAAAUGGUAUCUCCCAUUAGUAACAGUAAGAUGCAUAUUUCGAGAAAUUUUCUUUUCUCUCCAUAAGCUGGCCUUUCGUUUUGUUCAUAAGUUAAAAGAGGUUUUCAAAUUAUUUUGCUAUUGGAUAGAAUAACUAGCAGUCACAUGCUUAGUGAGGGGGCGACAAGCGCAUUAUUUAUUACUCAACUUGUCACCUUGUGAAGUAAGCCAGCUCACAUAUAUAAACAAAAUACAAACCUCUCGUGGAAACAACUAUAGUACUAUAUAGUAAGUGUAUGAGCUAGCAUCCUGACCAAUCACAUGCGCAGAUUUCAGGAUCGGUCAAUAAUGAAGUUGCUUCAUAUAUACAAUGAGCGAUGAGAUAUCUUUCUUGCACUUUGUGAACAUGUAUUUUUGUAUACUGCUCAAUGUACUUUGUGAAACUACAUGUUGCUUUUUAAAGUAUAUCUUGGGAACAUAAUCAGGAAGAAUCAAUUGGUCAUCUUUCGUUUUCGGUCCCCAUCAAAUUAAGAUACAGAUUCAAAGUAUGCAUGUCAUUUGUGAAAGUUAUAACUUUAUUGAUGUGUGACAUAAGAGGGUCUUUCUGUUUGCUUUGUAGAUGGCGAUAAUGAUUCAAAACCAUCUUGCUACUUAAUGCAUAGCUGACUGGCCAACUACUUAUUCCUCACUACUAUACAUAAUGAACACUUUGGCAAGGCUGGCAGGUUGUGGCAAACUUGAUUGCAUUAUGAACUAAUUAAUUAAGAAAGCGAGCGAGAUAGAUCGAGAUCAGAGAGUUAGUCUACUAGGAUUUUAAUGUGAAAAUAGGAGUCAUUUGCAAUAUUUUUAUUUAAUUACUCUUGUUAAGAUUUGAACUCCAGAUCUCGUGCCAUGAUUAACAUGAUCAACAUCAUCUUGGAUGAGCUGAAGAUAUAGAUAGUAAAAACGACCGGCUAUACACUAUACUAGGGUACAGCCUCUGGCUGGUUAUCUAUCUAUAUCUUUCUAUCUUCCUCUACGUGUGUUUACACCUCCUGAUAUUCAUUUGUUGUUCUUCGUACCCAGGGAACUUUUCUACAAUGUUUGUGUACACAUGUCGUCGCAAAAAAAGUGUUUGUGUAAUCGUCUAUCUGCUCUCAGUUUACCUAAACUUGAAGCCUAUAUAAUUGCAUACAUGCUGGCAACAACUCAUUAUGCUUUAGUUUCCUUAUCUUGCCUAGCUGCUUUGCUUGGCAACUAAAAGUAGUUGGUGUUCUCCAGUACAGCAGGGUACUCUCUCCUUUGUAGACACUAGUCAAACCUUCCUCCCUUAUCCUUCCUGGCUUCCUGCCUCCUCCCAAGACAAGAACAUGUAUGUUCAGAUGGACACCAAGAAACCUUAUGUUGUAGCAAUCCUCAUACAAGUCAUCUACACCGGUAUGUUUGUCGUCCUGAAGGCGACCUUCAACCAAGGGUUUAAUACCUUUGUCUUCACCUUCUACUGCCAGGCAGCAGCAUCUGUUCUGCUGGUCCCUAUUGCGUUUUUUCGUGAAAGGAAAAGUGUCCGUUCUUUGUCAUUUGGGAUGCUGUCGAAGCUUUUCUUAUGUGCCUUAAUCGGAAAUACAUUUGCGAUAAAUAUGUUAAAUGUAGCGCUGAGGUUCACAUCAGCAACCGUGCAAUCUGCAAUAAGCAAUUCCAAAGCUGUGUCCACCUUCUGCUUGGCCCUACUAUUAAGGAUGGAGGUGGUAAAUCUGAAAAGCCCAUACGGCGUGGCCAAGGUAACCGGCGUAGUGCUCUGCCUUGCAGGAGUUCUGGUCAUCGCCUUCUUUACUGGGCCACCUUUCAGCCCUGUAAACCAUCACCGUGCCUUCCAAACUGGUCGCGCUUACUCUUCUACAGGGCAUGCGGCAUGGAUCAAAGGGACAUUCCUCAAGCUCUCCGGCGACUUGGCAUGGUCCCUGUGGAUCGUCUUUCAGGCUGCGCUGCUGAAGGAGUUCCCAAACAAGAUGCUAGUGACUGUGAUACAGUGCGUUUUCAGCACGGUACAGGCGUUGGUUGUGGCAGCUGUGGCCGAGAGGGACAUCACAAGGUGGAAGCUCAGGCCAGACAUCAGCUUGCUCGCCAUCAUAUACACAGGAUUUGUAGUUUCCGGGUUAUCCUACUUUUUGCAAGUAUGGUGCAUGGAGAUGAAAGGUCCCGUCUUCUUCGCUGUAUGGAUGCCGCUCGGCUUUAUCUUCACAAUGUUCUGUUCUUCCUUCUUCUUGGGAGAGAUUAUCCACCUUGGAAGCAGCAUCUUGGGCGGAAUUCUUCUGAUUGGAGGGCUUUACAGUGUGCUUUGGGCUAAAAGCAAGGAGACUACGAUUGAACCAGCAUGUAGUGUGGAAAGUGCUCAAGAUAGUAAAGAGCAUAUGAAACCUGUGGGGAAUCAGGAGAAGGAACAGGGAAGGGCACGAGGAGGAAACAUCAGUAUAUGAAAUUCAACAAGUGUGAUGUAUUGGUCUGACCAAGGAUAGCUCGUCAUGUAUAUGUAUAUGAAUUUUAUUGCCAACACCAUCCUGAAAACCAAUGUAAUAUUUAAAUUCCUACUUAGCGGCUCUCUGUUCCUAAUUAAAGCUGCUGUUUAAUCUGUUCA